AAUCACCGCAAAUGGAGAGGGCGGAUUACCUGAACCAGUUCGUAGAGGAGACGGAGUGGUACAACGACAUUGUGCUGACGGCCCUGUUGCCGGGCUGGGCCUGGAAGCCCCUCCCCCGGCCCAUCAGAACCUGGCUCCGAAACUACAUAGGUGGGACCCUCAUCUAUUUCAUCUCCGGCUUCCUCUGGUGCUUCUACAUCUACUACCUCAAGCGUAAUGUCUACCUCCCAAAAGAAGCAAUUCCUUCAAACCACGCCAUGCGUUUGCAAAUAAAAGUUGCAAUGAAGGCCAUGCCUUGGUACUCUACUCUCCCAACACUUUCGGAAUACAUGGUUGAAAGUGGCUGGACAAGAUGUUAUUCAAGUAUCAAUGAAGUUAGCUGGCCCAUGUAUAUUGCUUAUUUAGUACUAUAUCUAGCCACUUGUGAGUUUGGAAUAUAUUGGAUGCACAGAGAGUUGCAUGACUUAAAACCAUUAUACAAGCAUCUUCAUGCCACACAUCAUAUCUAUAACAAGCAGAACACACUUUCACCGUUUGCUGGAUUGGCAUUUCAUCCAUUGGAUGGGAUCUUACAGGCUGUUCCUCAUGUCAUAUGCCUGUUUCUCAUCCCGACCCAUUUCAUGACCCAUAUCGUGCUAUUGUUCAUCGAAGCAGUUUGGACAGCAAAUAUUCACGACUGCAUCCAUGGCAAGAUAUGGCCUGUUAUGGGGGCCGGUUAAACCUAUCGCCACAACUACGGGCAUUAUACCGUCUGGAUGGACUGGAUGCUUGGAACUCUUCGCGAUCCUCAAGAAGAUACCACCAAAGUCAAGUGAUGUGUAUGUUUCUUGGAUUACCACACAUCAAUCCUCAGUUCUCAGUGUAUACUUUUUGUGUCUCAAGUUUGUUGUAUAGUUUUUUAAAGCUUAUCAAGAACUAUGUAGGAAGACGGAACUCAUGUGACAAACAAGUAAAUCCUGAUGAUGAGCUUGUGCUCUUAAAGCUUUUGAAGCUUUGGUAUUCGAUGGAUUUUGCCUAA